AUGGCGCAUCGUAAAUUGCAGCAGGAGAUCGAUAGGGUAUUUAAAAAGAUCAACGAAGGUCUUGAAAUAUUCGAUACUUACUACGAAAGACAUGAGAAUUGUACAAAUAAUCCCUCUCAGAAGGAUAAAUUAGAGUCUGACCUUAAGAGAGAGGUGAAGAAGUUACAAAGACUCCGGGAACAGAUAAAAUCAUGGCAAAGUUCACCGGAAAUUAAGGAUAAGGACUCUUUGCUGGAUUAUAGGCGGUCUGUGGAGACAGCGAUGGAAAAAUAUAAAGCGGUAGAGAAGGCAUCAAAGGAGAAAGCUUAUUCCAACAUAAGCCUGAAAAAAUCUGACCUUCUGGAUCCGCAGGAACGAGAGCGAAGGGAUGUAUCCGAGUUCUUAUCCGGUACAAUCGAUGAGCUAGAAAGACAAUAUGAUGGUCUACAAGUGGAGGUUGAUAGACUGAUAUUGCUGAAUAAGAAGAAAAAGACAGCAUCGUCGGCAAAUGAACAGCAAAAGGAGCAAUUGAAGGCGUUGCAAGCAAGAUAUAGGUGGCAUCAGCAACAAAUUGAACUAGCUCUGCGACUUCUCGCAAAUGAAGAAUUGGAUCCUGAUAGUGUUAAGGAAGUACAGGAUGAUAUCAACUACUUUGUAGAUUCUAAUCAGGAUCCUGAUUUUGUUGAAGAUGAAACGAUUUAUGACGCACUAAACUUACAGUCGAAUGAAGCUAUUGCACAUGAAGUGGCCCAGUACUUUGCGUCGCAAUUGGCUGAGGAUAAUGCCGACGAAGAGGACUCAAGGGACGCCUCCAGACUCUCCAAGAAGGAGCAAAGGAAACUUGAGAGAGAUGCCAAGAAAGCUGCAAAGGCAGCUGCAAAGUCGAAACCUGAGGAAGAGGUACCAGCGUCACCAGUUGAUGAAUCGGAAGCUGUGGAGCUGCCCAAGAGUAAAUCUGCCUCACCAGAACAGAAAACGACAGAACCACUGAAGAGUGUGCCGUCGUCAGCUGCCGUGCCAGCUACAACAAAGAGCCCGAACGGGUUGGGUGCCACUAUUCCGAAGGCAAGCUUGACUUCAUCUACUCCAAGCAACAAUAAUCAUGAAUCGCACAGUGGGCAUACGCACAUCCACCAAAGCCUCAAUGGUGUAACCACAACCAGCACCUUAAAGCCCGCCACAGUACCGAUAAGGCCCGCUGGUGAGUUGAAGUGGGCUGUUGCCGCUUCUCAAGGUGUUGAAAAGGACAAGAAAAUUUCGUCAUCUAUAUCAGCAACGAAUGUUGCAGGAACGGUUAAUAACCAAACGACUGCAUCUAGCACAUCUGCAUCUUCUGCUAUCAGCAGUAGGGCUACGAGCGCUACCAACACACCUAGAUUGGCUGCACAGUCAUUGGAGCCAUCUAAUUUAGCACAGCUGGAUAACUCAGCCUAUGGUAGCAGCAACUCACUAUCGGCUAAUACUGCAGCGGCUGUACUAGCAGCUGGAGCAGCAGCCGUACAUCUGAAUAACAAAGCCAUUCACAGAAAUAACAGCUCAUCCCAUCAGCUAGCGGAAGCUCUCAAUUACAGAAACUUGAGCGGGGACUCAAGCUCGAAAGCAGACCUGAAUCAAACCGAGAACUUGGAAGAUGUGAGCGCUCCAGACCUGGUGAUUGAUGAUUAUGAGCCUGAACUAACUGAUGACGAGAUUGAAAACGAACCAGUUCCAGAGCAUCUAAGUGCCGAGGAGUACAUUAAACGCACUGAGGCAAAGGAACAGAUGAGGAAAGAGCUCAUCGAGGACUACGAACUAUUGCUGCUGCCAAGUGGAAUCCAAGAGUUUAUCAUGGGUACGCACUUAUUCACCAAGGGUCUAGAGCCACUAGAUGGCAAAGUGGGGGGCUUCAGACGUUCCUGCGACACUUGCAACAUACCAAGAUUCGAUGAGGUACCUCUGGGAGUCAACCCUCCUGCUCCUCUAGAUGCCUUUAGGUCUACACAGCAAUGGGAUAUAACUCGAUGUUCGUUGAGAUCUAUCAUCCAAAAUGGAGAUUUAAAUGACGAUGAGAAGUACGAAGCAAUAAUAGAGAAGUUUAGAUCUUUAGAGAUGUUCACGCUUUUUUAUAACUACUACUUCGCAGUCACUCCGUUGGAACAGACGAUAGCUUCCCUUGUAUUGAGUGAAAGAAAUUGGAAGGUCUCGAAGAGCGGUACUCUUUGGUUCUUAAGGCAGGGAGAGCCCAAAUUCGCUAAUGAAGUUUGUGAAGUAGCCGAUUACAAGAUUUUCAAAUUGGAUGAUUGGACUGUAGCGGAUAAGCCUAACUUCAAGUUGGACUACGCUGCUUUGAAGGAAGCACCGGCUACACUACCUUCGGCUCAAAAAGAUCAAUCGAUCGAUACCAAUGGAUUGAAUGAUCUGAGUCAUGGUCAACAACUUCUGCAGCAGCUAAAGCAGGGCAAGAUUGCUGUGUCUGAUUAA